AUUUAGUUAGCUCUCUUAGGCAGACGGAUUUUUCCAAAAGCCAAAUACAAAUUUCUGAUUUCAAGGACGACCAAACUUUAAAACGACAUGAAUAAUUGCCUAUCGUCGUUUUUUAAGUACCUCUUGUACUUUCUCAACCUGCUCUUCGUAGUUAGUGGAAUAUUCUUAAUAGUUUUUGGUGCUCUAAUGUUAAAUGGAUUGGGAAAUUUCGUUCACUUCGAUGGAGCUACUGUAGUAACAUUUCCAAUCACCUUUAUUGUCAUCGGAAGUGUCACCUUCUUGGUGGCAUCCUUCGGAUGUUGUGGAACUAUCCGCGAAAGUGCCUGCCUCACAAAAUUGUAUGCCAUCUGUAUGUUAAUACUUUUUGGUCUGCAAAUGGCGCUUUCUAUUUGGUUGUUUGUGGAAGAGGACACAUUUUUAGGCUUUAUGAGUGGUAUUGUGGACAAGGCUUGGAAAAGCAACGACGCAGCCCAUGGAUACCCAAUGGACGCUCUUCAAAUAGCCCUAAAGUGUUGUGGUAAUGAGGAUUACAAACAAUAUGGUGACCACGUACCCGCUUCUUGUUGUGGCUACGAUGAUCGCUUUCAGGAGUGCUUGGAACCCAUAUAUACUCGUCGACCUGGUUGCAAAGAUGCGUUCCUCGAUUUCUGGUACUCCCAUAUGGAAGUCGUUCGGUUAAACAGCCUAAUCAUUGCCUUUUUCCAGCUAGGCAUAUUCUUUAUUUCCUGUCAUUUGGCCAGAGCCAUGAGAUGGGAUUAAUGUAAAAUUUAUCCAAUAAAAAUGAUUGAGAAAAUUAAUAUCUCAAUUAACCUAACUAUCUAUAAAUAAUAUUUAAGGAAUGCCCUUUUCCGAUCCAUUAUUCCUCCCUGUU